GUGCAUCUAGAAGAGUAUAAAUACUGAGUUCUUCGGAUGAGCGAGACACAGUUCCAUUCACAAACAGUCAUCAAUCAGUUCAGCAAAGAUGUUCGCAAAAAUAAUCUUCUUCUGCGUUCUGGCCAUUGCCAGCAUCUGUGCCAAGCCCCAGUUUCCACUGGCAUAUUCUUCCCCUCUGUUGGCCAACCCAGCAGUAGCUGUUGCAUCACCGUAUGCAGCCGCUUACACUGCUCCUGUUGCUGCUGCGUAUACUGCAGCUUCUGCUCCACUAACCGCUGCCUACCCCAGCGCUUAUGCUGGAUAUCCCUAUGCUGCCUACAACUCGGUUUUCCUAUAGAAGCUUCCACAUGCUAUAAACAAUGUUACCAAAUGGCUUUAACUGGACCUGGAUGAAAAAAUCUGCGAUAUGGUUAUAGAAAAUGCACCCUCGCUUUUUAAGUGUAAUAAUUUAUAAUUUUCAUAAUAAAGGCACUGUUUGACAUAGCAAAUCGAAA